AUGAAGCUUAACCCGGCCAAAUGCACAUUUGCAGUCAAAUCCGGCGAAUUCCUUGGGUACCUGGUAACCAGACGAGGCAUCGAGGCGAACCCGAAGCAAAUUAAGGCGAUCAUUGAUCUACCACAACCAAAGAACGCCAGAGAAGUACAACGAUUAACUGGACGGAUCGCUGCUCUAAACCGUUUUAUAUCCAGAUCAACCGACAAGUGUCUACCAUUUUACCAGCUUCUCAAAACAAAGGGCAAGUUCGAGUGGACCGAGGCCUGUCACAGCGCGUUCAACGAGCUAAAGAACUAUUUAUCAACCCCACCGAUCUUAGCAAAACCGAAGCUCGGCGAAAUCUUAUUUCUUUAUAUCGCGGUCUCAGAGUCGGCCGUCAGCGGUGUACUCGUUAAAGACGAUCGAGGAGAGCAACGACCCAUCUUUUAUAUACGCAAAUCACUCGACGACGCGGAAACUCGUUACCCGACAGUCGAGAAGGUUGCCCUGGCAGUCGUCACGUCCGCAAGAAAGCUCAGACCCCCGAAUCAAUCGGGCCGACUAACAAAAUGGGCAAUCGAACUUAGCGAGUACGACAUUGAGUAUCGAACUCGUCCAGCUGCAAAGUCCCAAGUACUAGCUGACUUUCUGAUUGAACUGCCGUUUGGGGAAGCCGAACCAACACCCACUGACCCGUCAGAUGAUCGGUGGACCCUACAUGUGGACGGGGCAUCCUCUCAUCUUGGGUCAGGGAUAGGGAUUCGACUAACUUCGCCGACCGGAGAAAUUUUGGAGCAAUCCUUCCGUCUCCGAUUCCAAGCAACCAACAACGUCGCCGAGUAUGAAGCACUCAUCGCCGGGCUUAAGCUCGCUAACGGAAUGCAGAUCAAACGGAUACGAGCUUUUUGCGAUUCUCAGCUUGUCACCAACCAGUUCAGCGGCGAGUACGACACUAAAAGCGAGCCCAUGGCAGCCUACCUCGGUGUCGUCAAGAUUCUGUCAAAACGUUUUGACGAAUUCGAGCUCAUCAAAAUCCCCAGAGGGGACAACGCUCCGGCCGAUGCUUUGGCAGCACUCGCUUCGACAUCGGAUCCCGAUCUGCGACGAAUCAUCCCGGUAGAAAGCAUUGAUACGCCGAGCAUAAGUGAAACGCAUGCCGAGACUUGUCUCGCACUCCACCAGCCCAAUGAAAUCAGAACCACCUAUCGAACGAUGAGGUCGCACCGAGGGUGCGAACCUGCGUCUGGCAGCGACGCGACAGAUUGGCGAGUUGAAAUCCGAGCAUACCUAGCUGACGGCGACGUGCCGACAGACAAAUGGGCUAAGCGGAGAUUAAAGGCUAAAGCCGCCCACUACACCUUGAUGAAAGAUCAUUUGCUUCGAUGGACGGCGUCAGGAGCCCUUUUGCUUUGCAUACACGGCGACGACACUGAACGCGUGAUGAUGGAGACACAUGAAGGAGCUGGGGGAAAUCACUCAGGCGGCCGAGCCUUAGCACUACGAAUCAAGAAGCACGGCCAUUAUUGGCCAACUAUGAUAUCUGAUUGCGAAAAGUUCGUCGCCAAGUGCGAAAAAUGCCAGCGACAUGCCCCCAUUAUUCAUCAGCCGACUGAACUCCUACGAGCCGGAAUAGCUCCUUACCCUUUCAUGCGUUGGGCGAUGGACAUCAUUGGCCCACUACCAACUUCCAGACAAAAGCGAUAUAUACUCGUCCUAACCGAUUAUUUCACCAAAUGGGUCGAAGCCGAGUCUUACGCAAAUAUCAAAGCUCGGGACGUCCAACUCUUCGUCUGGAAAUACGUAAUCUGUCGCCACGGUCUCCCAUAUGAAAUAGUCAUUGACAACGGAUCGCAGUUCAUCUCCCUGCAAUUCGAAAAUUUCUGUGCAAGAUGGCGGAUCAAACUAAGCAAGUCGACGCCGCGGUAUCCAAAAGGCAACAGCCAGGCCGAAGCUACCAACAAAACCAUACUCGAUGGUCUUAAGAAAAGGCUAGACGCCAAGAAGGGUGCCUGGGCCGACGAGCUCGACGGAACCUAA